AUGGCACAGAUUAUACAGGUGCUGGCAAUAUCACAGUGGGAAGAGAUAGACCCUAAACUGCAUGAUCUGUAUGGUAAAUUUGAAAAGGGAUGCAUGUCGACAUUGCUGGAUUCACUGCUCGAUGGUAUAGGGGCGGAGCUUCCAUCAGUCAGUAGUGCUCAGUUACCUUGUUUAACCAGAACCUCGUCCCUUAUACAGUUGUCUCACCUCAACACUCUAGUAUCCUUCCUGCGGUCUGCUCUACCAUUUGUAGAGGACAGCACAGAAAAGAAAUGUCUCGAUGAACUGUUAUCAUCGCUGGUAAUUGUCACACUACAGACACCUAUACAGAACCCUCUGUCUAUGAUUGGUUCCCCAUCCUCCAACACCCCACCUGGUACCCCUGUCACUCAGAAAAAAGGGAGAGGUAAGAAAAAGAUGUCUGUUGCCUCAGUGAUGAGUCAGAUCAGUCACGUGUCAGAUGAAACUGCUAGCAUAUCAUCAAUGUCUAUAGAUACACCGGAAGCACAGCCCACCAAUCAGAUGGAAGAUGUUCUCGUCUUAUCUCUCGGUCAUGACUUAGAAUGUCCCGGUAUGAUGUCCGAACAAAAGGUUUUAUCUUGUGAACAAGAAAAUAAACGCAGGAGAGUGAAAUAUCAGACAGUUCAGGGGGGUUUUGAAGUGGGACCUGUUGAAAUACAGGAGAAACGGACGAGAUUCUCACUGUCACAUGACCAGGAAUCUAUAGGUAACACAAGUGACAUUCCAGAAGCUAUAUCAGAAGGAGCAUCAAGCCACUCUGUAGGUUCACAAGAUUUAGAGAACGAUGAUGACAAUGAUAACUUCUCUGAUAUGAUAUCAGCAAAUGUUAGUGGGCGGGGCACACCAAACAUCAGUGGGAGUGGUCGUGACACGCCCCUUUCUCAGGCCGAGAGUGAGCAAGAAGUAGUGUCUCAUCCACAACCUGCCUUGCCUGAAACUGUGCAAAAGAAGAAUAGAGAAGAUGUCACGGAGAAGUUUGGGAAAUUCGAAAUCAAGGAACUGGACUAUGAUUUAAAAUCAACUGUUAGUGACACAUGGAGUACUGAUGUGUUAGCCAGUGAUUCUGAGCCUCCAGAAGGUAACCAGUCUGUCAGAUUAGAAGAAAUAGCUGAGGAAAUGGUGCGACAGCAUCUGCUUGCUGAGAGAGUAUCGGAGAUCUCAGAAACAGCAAGUGAUGCAUGGAGUACAGAUGUACUCGCCUCUGAUAACGAAGAGAAACAGGCGGAAACAUUCUCUGAGUUUGACGACAUGAGCAGUAUGGCCGAGACCGCAAGUAAUUUAGAUGAUGUGAGGAGUGAAUGUGAUGGCACUGAGGGAAAUGAAGUUACUCCCCUUGCUUCUGGUGAGAAUCUUUUCAUGCUUUCAGAAAAUUUUCGGUAG